CUAAGGGGUGGGUCCGCUGCAAUUGGACCGGCAUCACAUCGUAAAAUCUUACAUGAUGUUAGAUAGAUGUUGGAUAAUUGUUGGCGGCACAGUCGCCCAGGAUUUUAACCUCGCUUCCUUCUGCUUUCAACUACGUGCCGCAACCAUGGCUUUUCCAAUAUGGACUACCUUCUUUCUACUACCAACUACAUAUCUUGUGUGGGUUAUCCAUCGUCUGACCAACAAUUACACUGUUGCACGGCGUGUUGGCAUCCCAGUGGUUGUAAUCCCCGUAAAUCCUGAAAGUCCAUUAUGGAUGCUCUUGAGCGAUUACAUAGGCCCCUCGAUUGAUCGUAUACUGAGCUGGCUUCCCUUUGGUUCUGGCUAUUUCACUCGCUAUGCUCACCGCGGAUGGGACGUUCACGACAGAGCGAAAUCUUUCCUGGAACUUGGCGAUGCAUUUAUUUUGGUGACCACAGGGAAAAACUGGUUGUAUAUUUGCAAUGCCGAAACCCUUACAGAAAUUCUUCAGCGGAGAAAGGAAUUUGAGAGACCGCUGGAGAUCAUGGGUACGCUUAAUCAGCCCUCGUGAUAUGUAUCUGGCUGACUCUGAGUGAAGCUGUCCUAGACGUUUUUGGUCCCAAUCUCUCUACGGUAUGUAUAUCAACUAGUUCUUCGGUCGCCAGAUAGCUUAUAAUCAAAUUAUUAGGUCGAGGGAAAAGACUGGCAAAGACAUCGAAAAGCUACGGGUCCCCUUUGGCGAGCCGAAUAUGGGCAUCGUCUGGACGGAAUGUAUUCGCCAGGCGCAGGAAAUGCUGGAGUUCUGGAAUAAUUGUCCAGAUAUUCGACAAACUGGUAAAGAUGUGCGAAGAUUCUCCCUCCAUGUCUUAUCGUCAACUGGCUGUGGGAAAUCGUAUUCUUUUGACCGCUCUACCAACCUCGAAUUACCCAAGGGAGGCUCAUUGAAUUACAAGGACUCCCUAUCACUCAUACUGGAAAACGCCAUUCUAGUUAUGCUUCUGGGUCCGAAAUUUCUUACAGGCAACAUGCAGCGGUUUCUGCCAAAAGCACUGGCGUCUGGUUGGUCAGGCGACGAGUACAUUCAAGACUCACAUUGCAGAGACCAUCAAGGAAGAAAUAGCACUGAUGGCAAAAGGAAAAGAAAAUUUGGGCAAUUUUAUCAGUGCCAUGGUACGAGCGUCUGAAGAGGCAACCAGAGUAGUCGACGAUAGUACUGGAGGUCACUUCCACGGACUUCGAGAGGACGAGGUCUUUGGCAAUAUCUUCGUCUUCAACUUCGCAGGUCAUGAUUCGAUCGCCAUUACUUUGACAUAUGUUAUCACCCAUCUUGCUGCUCAUCCUGAGAUACAAGACUGGCUUGCGGCUGAGAUUCAGUACAUACGUAAGGACCAGGGAGCCACGAGCUACCGAGAUGCCUUCCCAAGGCUCAAGCGAUGUACUGCGGUUGUUGUAAGUUAUUUGUUUUUUUUAAGAAUCUGUUACCGAACACGGAGUUUUGCCCUGCUUAGACUUAUAAUUCAUUGUAGUAUGAAACCCUUCGUACCUCGACACCUUUCCCUGCUAUGGUCAAGAAUACUGGUACCCAGCCACGCUCCCUAAAAGUUGGUGACAAUACACUUCAACUUCCUUCUGGCAUGAAUAUCAUCACCACGUUUCCAUCUAUGCACUCGCACCCACGCUAUUGGGGAGAUGAUGCGGAUAUUUGGCGUCCAGAACGCUGGAUCGAGACCACAGAUACAGCUUCGGCAGGAGACUCUAUUUUCGCUGACGAGUUUCUAUAUACCCCACACAAAGGUGCCUUCAUGCCCUGGUCUGAAGGCGAUCGCGCAUGUCCAGGAAAGAAAUUCGCUCAAGUGGAACUCACAGGAGCAGUAAGUGUAUUGUUUGAGAAUUAUAGGGUUGAGCCUAUACCGGAGGCCGGAGAAUCAAUGGAAAACGCCAGAGAAAGAACUAAGCAAAUGAUUGAGGAUAGUGGGAUGGUACUUCUGAUUGAGAUGUUACAUCCUGAGAAGGUAGGUUUGCGUUGGGUGAAGCGGGAGGCGAAGAUUUGAGGGGCAGAAAUUGCAGAUGGGAUUCAGAUUUAUGGUUCUACAAGUCAAGGAAUCCUGUACGGUAUUCCUUCAAAUAUCAUCUAGGUACGAAGCGAUUACAAGCGGGGUCCACUUUGGUUCCUGGUUGUAUCAAAGGUUUUAUGCUCCUAGCAAUGCUGGCUAAUAAAUUGAUUACCCGAACUAAAACUCUCGGUUUUACCUGGUUUUCAAAACUUGCCUUGCCAUUCAUGGCUUAUAUCUGUGUGCAUGAUAUCAAAUAUAGGCCUAAAGUUUGGAUACAGAAAAGUGGUGUUCCAUCUCUCAGAUGCCAAUUUAUAGCUAACAUGAACAUAGU